UUGGUUUUUGUGCAGAAUUGUGGCAAGUUUUGUGAUAUGAUGGCAGCUACCAGUCGGUUGGGCCUCACCAUCCUUGCGGUGGUUUUAUUUGCCGCGAGUUCUGCAACCGCACUCCGUUGCUACACCUGCAACUCGUACGACAACUCGGAAUGCUUUUCACUGCCGGCCAACUUCACCGAGGAGGAGUACCGGGAUAAUCGCACCGUACCCGGACGGCUGCUGGUCGAAUGUCCACCGGACGCUCAGGGCCGUCCACCGCUCUGUAGAAAGAUGGACAUACUCAUACUCGGUGGCAGCUUACCGGAUCAUGUCCGAGUAGUGCGCGAGUGUGGCUAUGAACAUUCCCGCCGUCCCUGCUACAACCUGGAAAACGGUGGCCACGAGGAACUCGUUUGCCAUUGCAACACCGACGGCUGCAACGGAGGUUCGCCGCUUACGCUUUCGGGAGUGCUGCUUGCUUCCACCGGCCUGCUACUACGAUUGAUGCAUCGUUGA